GUACAAGAAUUAAAAAAAAAUGUAUAAAAAUCAUUUUGUAAACAUAACAAAAGAUAUUUUACUGUGACACCGUAUGUAUUGUAAACAAUGGUUGAAGUUAGACAGUUAUUGAACGAUUGCGCAAGAUUUUGAUCCGGCACUUGUUUUAAAAUGUAAACAAAUUGAAUGUUCUGAACAUAUUUUAUCUGGUAAGGAUGCAAUUGUAAAUCUGCCAGUUGGAUAUAGGAUCCUUUUCUGAAAUUGGCCGCCAUGUUUUUGUCACAUGAUACAACUAUCGCCACGUGGGUUUCAGCCAAAGCGUCACAUGACCGCUGUGAGGAGUUUGCAAGUUUUUAAGUAUGACAAGAUUGUUUAAAAUUUGUGUUUUUUAUCAGUUGUUUUACUGUGAUUUCAUUUUAACAUUUGAAAUGUAAACAUUUGAAAGAUGAACCUUGAACAAAAUUUUCAAACCACUUGCUUCAAAACACAGAAUGGAUUAAACUGUUAAAGAAGACACUUUUACAAAGCUGGAGAUGGCAGAGUCUUGUGAUAAUGAGAUUUUCCGUAAAGCCAUAGAUAAGAAUUAUGUGGCGGUCAAGAAGUAUUUGCAUCCGGAUCCCAUAAUUGAUUGUGAGACAGGCUUUGAAUUACUUACCGUCGCAGACAAAAGGAAUAUCCAGGGUAAGGACCCAACUGAUAAGAAUGAGACGAUAUUGAGAAAAGUAAAAUUCAAAGGUGCUAAAGGUUACACAGAUUUUAAAGAGCGUCUAAGAAAGACCUGGCAGACUGACUUAUUAGACCUUAUAGUUUGUGCAGAAAAUGGACAGGACACAAAAGAGAUUGAAAGCCGGCUUGAGAAAACUGCAGUGUUAUGUCCAGAGUAUAUCAAACGCAGAGGUGAACUUCAAGGCGACCUGAUUAAAUUCUACAGAAAAAGGUGUAGUUCAAUACCUCUCUCACCGCUUCUUGAAGAAAUAGAGACACCUCUAGCUGGGUUCUACGUGAUGCCAGAUAUAGUCGCCGUAAAACAGAAAUCCCUAACUUGUCAUGAGGAGGAAAGAACACCGAUCAAGUCUUUGAAAGACCUGUUUUCAACCGGAAGUGGAGAUCAACAAGAAAUUUAUCUAUCAGCUGAUGCAGGUUUUGGAAAAACUGCUUUUUCAAAAUAUCUUGCAAUCACGUGGUGUCAAGCUCAUUGCCACGAUGAAAACUAUGCCUGUUUUAAAGACGACGAGUUAAAGACGUUAUUUGACUUUAAGUUCUUGUUUUUGGUUUUAUUAAGAGACUGUACAUCUGUUUGUAACAUUGACGAUAUGAUCGAACAGCAAAUUACCAAGAAAAUUCCUUCCUCUGCAACACUAUAUGAAGUUUUACGUAGAGAAAAAUGCUUGAUUAUAUUGGACGGUCUUGACGAAUGGACUCACCCUGUAAAUAGUUGUGGCGAAGUAUCAGAAAAAAUCCCACAUCGUUAUGUACGUGAUAAUUGUGUUAUCCUAACGACAACCCGACCGUGGAAGCUUGGAGUCGCAAAUCUCAAAACAAGUCAAAUAAACAAAAAAGUAGAAUUGGUUCAAUUAAGUGCAGAUUCUACGCGGAAACUUGAAGAAAAUGCUAUAAGGAAAAUGACAGGUGUCCAUAACGAUAGAGUAUUGAAGAGUAAAAGACAGGACUUUAAUAAAGUGAUACGUGACCGUCGCCUAGAGCACAUGCAAGAAAUUCCACUCCUCCUUAUGUAUAUAGUAUGCCUAUGGUGUAACAACAUUCCCAUAGGAGAGUCAAAACAUGAAAUUUACACCAAUAUCAUUGAAUUUCUAUUAUCGAGAACGUCAAAGAAACACCCGGAAGUUCAACCAUCUCGUGAAUCGUCUGCCUGUGAAAUUCCAGAUUACUUCAAAAGUCAUGAAUUUUGUAAAAAGUUUUACAGCCUUAUAACAUCAUUAGCAGAACUAGCUUACCAAACAUUAUUUAACAAAAACAGAGAAAACACGCUUGUAUUUGAUAGAACGGUUGCUGAAAAAUAUCUGAAAGCAGACCACAUGAAAUUAAGUCUUCUCUCAGGAAUAUUGUCAGAAAGUAGAAGUAAAACUUUAAUCAAAGAAAUUAUCAGAGUAUCGUUUUCCCACAAAACAGUGCAAGAAUACUUUGCCGCCAUAUUUAUAGGUUCUCAAAGUGACGCUCAGAAAACUAUUGUAGAAAAAUGCAGAAAUAUUCAAGACAUUCUGGACAUGUCAAAAAUUUGUGAAUUUAUAAGUAAAAUGAAUGCUGACCUGAUAUGUGCAAUUUCAAAUGAUUUUAUGUCUGUGAUAAAUGAAGACGAGAAAACACGCGACUUUAGAACUAGGACAGAUGACGAGUACUUAAAGUACAUUACUCCAUUGUAUAACAUACAGGAAAUGUUCAUGUCGUGUUUACAAGAAAUGCCUAUAAGUAAAAAUAUUCAAUUAUGUUUACAAGAUUUCUUCAUUGUCAGGAGCACCGUGCACAGUGGGCAGUUACAACAUUGUUUGUUAAAACAAAAUAAAACCAACAUAAAAUCACUUUAUAUAGACAUCAGCUUGACUUCCAGCAGUUUAUGUGAAAUUAUAGAUUUAUUCUUUCUCAAACAUCUCAGACAUAUACAGAAGCUUCUCUAUGGUGGUAACAGGAAAAAGGAAGCUGAGAUCAAUCUGAUAUUGUUUCCCAGUUUACAGUCCUUAACUUUGAGGUCGGGUACAUGGACAAAUGAUGAAGAAAUUCGGAGUGAAAACAUGGCGCGAUGUCAAAACUUACAAUAUUUAUAUAUUGACAACUUCACAUUAUCUCACAAAAUACUGGAAAAAUUUCUCAAUUUUAUCUCCGGUCAAAAAUCAAUGAAAGAGUUGACAUUGAAUUGGUUAAACUGUAAAGAACAUGGCCGCCGUGAUUGUAAGAGAUUGAACUUGGACUUGUCUCAACAAUCAACUCUAUCAAAGUUAGACUUGCAGCAAUUACCUGGGAGGCUUCAAUUAAAUAUAUCAACACCGUCAUUAGAUGAUGUUUGGUUGGAUGACAUCAGUCUAGAUGAAACUUCAUUGUUACUGUCACGUGACAUGUUGAAUAUUGAACGUGUGGAGUUGUGUGGUAUAGAAAUGUCUGCAGUAAGUUUACAGAACUUUUUCACCGUGCUGGAAAAUCUGCCGCAGUCAGUUACAGUAAAGAUGAGACGCAUUAAACCGGAAACAGAAUAUGACCGUGUUAGAGAAAAUAUUCGGAGUUCACAAAUUUGUCAUGUGAUACACGACGGGGAGCUGUUAAAGUUCAAAACAAUAAAACCAAGCAAAGAAUACUGUAGACAAAAAAAAGCAUUGUGAAAUAAAUUGAAGAAAUUAAUUCAAUUAUUUUAAAUAAUUAAAACAAUUUUAAUAUGGACACUUAGAAACAAAAUGGCGACUCUUCAAUCUUUAAUAAGGACAUACAUGUACUUCCGUUUUCAAUUAAUAAAUUAAGUGACAAUUGUUUAUAAAUAAAAACAUUUAAUUAAUAGAAAUAAUUUAAGGAAGUUUUUACGGAAUUUAAUGGAUAUAAAAGUUGGAUUAGGAUAUGGAAAUAUUUAACAGCGGACUUGGAUCAAAAUUUUUGAGAUGCAGAAUUAGGAUUUAUAUAGUAAUAGAUUAUUUCAAGCAACAAAAAUACCACAGAAAAUCAGCUUCAGUAUUAUCUACAGUUACAAUCUUGAUGAAAAUGCUUCUACGAGAGUUCAAUAUAAAGACUAAACAACAUAUCUGAAAGAAAAUUGUGAAAAAACAGUGCAUCAUGUAUACCUUGUUCAAGCUUCUAGUGCCUGGCUGAAACGAAAACGGACCAGCAACUUUUGGCAAACCUGUUUUCUUCAAGAAGAACUUAAAUCUAAACAAAAAUUUCUAACCAAGGUCA